AAAUUAAAUUAUCUUUAUACUUCGUACCAACAUCAUCAUUAUUACAAGUGGAAAUAGCAAUAAGCAAGCGAUUUGUGUGGCAUUUAUUUGGUGUAAACAGUUUUGCAAAUGAUUGAUAAUUUUGUUUUGUGAAUUUGAGGAAAAUAAAGAGCAUAAAAUAUGAAAUAUUUUGAGGUUUUUGCGCUUCUAGUAAUCUUCAUCGAAACAGCAAAGUGUGGAAAAUCACACAAGCGAGUUGUCAUCCACAUCCCAAUGAAAGUCAAGCAUCUUCAUCACACUCACACAGUUUACAAACCAGUUCAUCAUACACUUCCAGUUGUUGAACCCAGUGAGGAUUGGGAUAGUCCAGCUGAAGAAUAUCAUUUUGGAAAUGGAAGGAUGAUUGAGUCAUUGCUGAGCGAUUGGAAGCAACCACAACAUACAUAUCAGCAUAGUGUUGAAGACGAGAGAGACCACGAGUAUCAAAACUUUGAAAAAUAUUUGAAGAAAAUCUCAAAAACUAAGCAAAAGUUGUUGAAUAAUAAGCAUGCAGGAUGGAAUCAGAAGCACAACAGUUAUAAAGUUGCUCAAGAAUAUUUAUCGAAUUUAAAAAGUCAUCCACAGCCAGAAUUCGAUGACUAUGACGACAGAUAUGCUCCAUAUGAUGACGAGGAAGAUUAAAGAAGAAAGCGAAAGUAAAUUUUAUUUUAAAGUCAAUGUUAAUUAUUUUAAUAUAGAGUUGAGGGGGAAACUAUGAUUUAAUUAUUAAUAUUAUUAUAAUUUUUAAAAUAUCAGUACAAUAAUUUAAUCUGAAAAUGAAAGUGGAAAAAAUUAUAAUUUUUUUGUUAUAAAUUUGUUAUUAUUAGGGUUUCUGAAGCCGUUAACGGAAACGGAAAAACGGCUGUUUUUCAGAGAAAAAUAAAAACGUAAAACGGCUGUUUUUUUCUAGCCGUUUUUUCCGUUUUUCUUUUCUAGCUCGUAAAAAUUUUAGGUUCAGAAUAAAAUAAUAUUAACUCCAAUAAUUCUUUCAUACUCAUUAAAUUUAAGUUGUUAAGUUUUGUAACGACUAUUGAUGUUUAAAUAUUUUUAAAGUUUGAAGUAUCCUGUUUUUUCGUUAUAAGCUAGUAGCUUAGAAGAAUAAAAAAAGUGAUUUUUUGGCUCACUAGUAGCUUAGGAACGAGUAGAAGCUUAGUAAAGAAAUUAAACUUAAAUGAAAAUUUUGAAUUUUUUAACUUAAUUAAAGAAAUUUUGCUAUCUUCUCGAUUUUAUUUCAUUGAUAAUGUCAUAAGGCAUUGAGACUGAUACUUAAAAAGUUGAAAAAGAUUAAUUAAGCUUAUUUUUGGUAGUACCUUAGUAAAGAUUACAAAAAAAUUUCAAGUUCAAAAAAACUUUACUAAGCUGGUAGCUUAGUAACGAGUAGUAGCUUAUAACGAAAAAAACAGAGUGUGAAUAAAAGUUUUUUUAGACACAAUACACUGUAAUAAGUUCGUUUUUUUGACAAAAAUUACAGUAUGUGACUAAAACCAUGCAUAAAACACAAUUUCGGUACAAUUAAAAAAACGGACCCGUUAACGGCCGUUUUUUGGAAUAAAACGGAAACGGCCGUUUUUUAAAAAUGCCGUUUUUCAGAAACCCUAGUUAUUAUUUAUUAUUAUUUUUAUUCGCAAAGAAUUGACACCACAAGCAAUUUAUCUCAAUUGCAGGAAGAGAUUAGAGAUGGAAACUUUAUUAAUUCAAUAAUAACACGUCUUGUUACUUUGAUUAUCAC